AUGAGCGCGGCAAAGCAAAACGGAGUUGCUGCACUUUGGACGUUACACAGACUUGGCGCCAACCUCUACGUGCACGGCGUCUUCGGUACAAGCAUCCUCCAGUGCGCGGUCAUGUCAAAUGCACAUGAUACACAACGAGUUCUUCUUGAGCUGGGGGCCGAGUAUCUAUCCCAAGACAGUUGCGGGCACGUUCUCCACGCUAGUGCUACUGUGGGCGACGUGCAGACAUUUCGAACGUUGAUGGAGUUUGAGUUGGCUGUACUGGAGCUGGCUGCCAAGGAGGGCGCGGUGUAUUGGUAG